AUGAGGUGCAUUACCGGUGAUGAAGUAGGACUAGUUAAGGUAUUUACUAUACCAAAUGAUUAUGAGCUAAAUCCCCUAAAUGAGGAGGCUCCUCCGGAAUUAACUAUGGGAAAAGUUCGUCGUGAGCAAGGUAUACAAUAUAUGUGUCAAGCAAAGAUUUUUAAUGGACGAAACCAGAUCGUAGUCGCGCGUAAUAGUGGUUUAGUACAAAUCAUUGAGCCGUACAAAGAUGGUAAAAUGUUCAAAAUUUAUAAAGAAUUUAUCAAUAAAGAGGUUGCUGCUGAUGUCCCUAAAAGGAGUAAAAAGUUUCCAUCGAAAUUUACUGGCCUAUUCGCAAAUAAAAACGUCUUAGUGACAUGUGUUAGCGGUGGCACAAUUCGGUAUCAACCCAUCAAUUCUGGCGAUUUUAACAAUCCUUCAUAUAUAGAUAAAACCAUUGAUUACGCGUCGAAUUUGUGUUGUUUGAGAGUACAUCCAAAAGAAAAUAAUAUAUUUGCAUGCGGAGGAAGAGAACGUGAUUUGUCUUUAUGGGAUAUAAACUGCACUCCUGGUUCAAUUAUUACAAAAAAUAAAGAAUCAAAGAACGGAAUGAUUUGGAAUGGGAAAAACGUAAAAAGUGACUUUGUAGAUUUGCGAGUUCCGAUCUGGAUUACUGAUAUACAAUUCUUAGACGAACAAAGGACAACAAAGAUUUUAACUGGAACGAAAUACCAUCAGGUACGAUUAUAUGAUAUUAAAGCGCAACGUCGACCUGUGUUUGAAGCAAGCGUUGGCCAUAAGGCGGUUGUUUCGCUAAUCGUAGGGCAAAAUCCAAAUGAAGUCAUUUUUUCUGACACUGUUGGUAAUAUCUUUACUGUGGAUCUUAGGAAUGGGAAAAAUGUAGGACAAUACAAAGGCUAUCCCAAAGGUUCAUUUAAUUCUUCUUAUUAUAUCAUUUCCUCGUCUUUAGUUACUGUUAGUGCGGAUCGAUUCCUACGUGUACAUAAAAUAGGCGAGUUCCAUGAACAGAGAUAUAAAGUAUAUCUAAAUCAUAAGCUUACAUGCGUGUUGGUUAAUGACGACGAUGAGCCAAUCGUAGAAGAGACGGCUGAUUUAGAUGAUAAUAGACCACGGGCGAAAAGAAGAAAAACUAAGUCAAAUGAAUGA